AUGUCACCAAGUCAAGUAGCUACUUCAAAUGCAGCAGAAUUUCAUGGUCCUAAUUUAAAUGUUACUUUAACAUGUCCAGAAUGUAAAAUUUUCCCACCCGAUUUAGUUGAAAGAUUUAGUGAAGGUGAUAUUGUUUGUGGUAGUUGUGGUUUAGUUUUAAGUGAUAGAGUUGUUGAUACAAGAUCAGAAUGGAGAACUUUUAGUAAUGAUGAUCAAAAUGGUGAUGAUCCUUCUCGUGUUGGUGAUGCUGGUAAUCCUUUAUUAGAUACAGAAGAUUUAUCAACAAUGAUAUCUUAUGCACCUGAUAGUACUAAAAUUGGUAGAGAAUUAAAUAGAGCUCAAUCAAAAUCAUUAGUUGAUAGAAAAGAUAAUGCAUUAGCUGCUGCUUAUGCUAAAAUUUCUCAAAUGUGCGAUGGUUAUCAAUUACCAAAAAUUGUUCAAGAUAGUGCAAAAGAAGUUUAUAAAAUGGUUUAUGAUGAAAAACCUUUAAGAGGUAAAUCACAAGAAUCUAUAAUGGCUGCUUCGAUUUUUAUUGGUUGUAGAAAAGCAAAAGUUGCAAGAUCUUUUAAAGAAAUUUGGGCUCUAACUAAUGUUCCAAGAAAAGAAAUUGGCAAAGUUUUUAAAAUUAUUGAUAGAAUUAUGAGAGAAAAGAACGCAUCAAAUCCAAAUUCUGCUUAUUAUUCACAAGAUAAUAUGCAAACUACACAAACUUCAGCAGAAGAUUUAAUUAGAAGAUUUUGUUCUCAUUUGGGUUUAAAUACUCACGUUACAAAUGGAGCAGAAUAUAUAGCAAGAAGAUGUAAAGAAGCAGGAGUAUUAGCAGGUAGAUCACCAACUACAAUUGCAGCAACUGUUAUAUAUAUGGCAUCAUUAGUUUUUGGUGUUGAUUUACCACCAAGUAAAAUAUCUGAUAAAACAGGUGUAAGUGAUGGUACUAUAAAAACAAGUUAUAAAUAUAUGUAUGAAGAAAAAGAUAAAUUAAUUGAUCCAACAUGGAUUGAAAGUGGUAAAGUUGUUAUCGAUAAAAUACCAAAAACAUGA